AUGCCAAAGAGGAAAGUUCGAAAGGCCCCACCUGCACCACUUGCAAAGCCGUGCGACCGGAAGCACGUCGCAACAGACAGCUCUGGUGGUUCCCAGCGUAGUGUGAAUCUGGUUGAUCUAUCUGGUCCCCAGCAUAGUUUGAAUAUUGUUGAUUUGUCCUCCUCACCUUACCUAGAUAAGGAAACUGUGUCAACCCAAAAGCAACCAGCAGCGCUGAACAGAGAGCAGUUGGACGAGGUGACACGGGCAGUGAUUGCCGCCAUGUCUAGUAGGGUAGAGACCUAUCAUCUACAGAACGAGAUGACCCAGGAUGCAUCCGUAGAGUAUCUAAGUACUGACAUUCUACCUACACUAGCCAUAAGUAACAAUCAAAAGUCUCAUGUGCAAAGUUACCAUAAUGACCUUGGGCACAAUGUUUCGAAUAAUCUCAAGCUAAAAUUAGCUAUUGGCGAGUAUGUUAACUUGGGGCUUUUAGUCGAUCGCACUUAUGAAUCUGAUCCUAAUGACGAUACAAAACACUUCUCUAUGCAAGGUGGCAACAUUACCUUGUCGUCCAAAUACAUACCCAAGGUUAUUAAAGAUAUUCAGAAUGGGUAUUUAGGGACAGGUCAGGUUGUGGCAACAUAG